AUGGCUACUCCCCGCCGACCUCCCCCCGCAUACACAGCGCCAAAGGACUCUAAAGUCCACGCCACAUCUCAAAUCUACCGAAGCAUUUCUGAAACCGCAACCGAUGCUUCCAAGCGAGAGCUCGAGAAGUCCUUUACCGUUCGACCCUGCUCGGGCCAGGCUUGGGUAGUACCAGCCGGGCACGUCUGUCGUCUCACGACGCCAAAAGGACCGCAAGUGGGCGACCUCAACAUUUGGAACGCCAGAAACCCCAGGGAGCGUCUAUGGGCGGCUCGCACGCGCCAGAUACAUGCUUCGCACGUCUCUGUGGGUGAUCGUCUUUGGUCGAAUCUUCCGUAUCUGCGGCCACUCGUUACUAUUACCGGAGAUUCGCUCGCAGGUGGGCAGCUACAUGAUGUUCUAGACGUCGAUGGCAAGCAGAAGGAGGGGACUGGAUUCAAGACGACGCGGUGGGGAGGGCGUUGUCACGAUCUUCUAGGUACUCGGUGCGACCCCUACGUGAACUUGCUGAUGGGUGGAGAGUCGUUUGACUUUCACUGCCACUCGAACCUCACUCGUGCUGUUGCGCCUUAUGGAUUGACUGAGCUCGAUGUGCACGAUGUUCUCAAUGUCUUCCAGGUAACAGGGCUAGAUGAGGAGGGAAAGUAUUUCAUGGAGACUUCUCCAGCGAAAGCUGGCGAAUACUUUGAGUUCUUCGCCGAGGUAGAUGUUCUAUGCGCUCUUUCUGCGUGCCCCGGAGGUGAUUUGUCUGAAUGGGGCUGGGAGGAGAAGGAAGAUAGUAUGGGAGCUACUACUCGCCCGCUCGGAGUGGAAGUCUAUAGAAUCACAGACUCCAAGGCCCUGGAAGGAUGGACUGAACCCGAAAGCCCUAAGUACACCGGUUUGCAUGGCAUGAGGAUGCCUCAACGCGAGGAUGACGGGCCAGGCUUCGUGGGACUAUAA